AUGAUUCGCGAACCGACUUGCGCGAAGCCGCAUCAGACGCUGCAGGAGCAGGUCUCCGGCGUGAUCUCGACAUUCGGCAAAGCUGCGUUCGCCCUGACCACUAGCCUAGUGAUUGUGGCGACGGGCGCUAUUCUGCCGAGUCCUGGCGAUCAGGCGCUGGCGGCCAAUCUGCUUUCGCCGGAGGAGAAGCGCACAGUGAGCAUCUUCGAGCGAGGCACGAAGUCCGUGGUGUACGUGUCGUCGCUCGCGAGGAAGCGCGACACGUUCACGCUGGACCUCAGGGAGAUCCCUGACGGAGUCGGCUCUGGAUUCAUCUGGGACGACGAGGGCCACGUGAUCACCAACUACCACGUCGUGCGGGAGGCGGAUGACGUGGCGGUCACGAUCGGGAGCGGGGGCGUCACGCAGCAGCUGCAGGCCAAGGUCGUGGGCGUGGACAGCGACAAGGACAUCGCCGUGCUGGACAUCGAGCGGCCCGACGACAUCUCGCUGGUCAAGCCCAUCCCCGUGGGGUCGUCCUCCGACCUCGUCGUCGGGCAGAAGGUCUACGCCAUCGGGAACCCUUUCGGUCUGGACCACACCCUCACGACGGGCGUCAUCUCCGGGCUGAACCGUGAGAUCUCCUCGGGCAUCAACGGGAGGCCGAUCCAGGACGUGAUCCAGACCGACGCGGCCAUCAACCCCGGCAACAGCGGCGGCCCUCUGCUCGACAGCCAGGGCAAGAUCAUCGGCGUGAACACCGCGAUUUACAGUGCGUCUGGGGCGAGCGCCGGCGUCGGGUUCGCGAUCCCGAUCGACGUGGUGAAGAACAGCGUGGAGCAGAUCAUCUCGAUGGGCAUCGUCGUGCGGCCCAUCAUCGGCAUCACGUUCGCGCCCGACCCCGCGACGGAGGAGCUCGGCAUCCAGGGCAUCCUCGUCCUGAAGUGUCAGCCGGGCGGCCCGGCCGCGAAGGCGGGGAUCCGGCCCACGACGCGCGACGACUACGGCCGCCUGAACCUGGGCGACAUCAUCCUCUCCGUGGACGGCAAGAAAGUGCGCAAGGCCGCCGACCUCUUCCGCUCCCUCAACAACUCCAAGGUCGGCGACACCAUCGACCUGGAAGUGCUCAGGUCGGAGUCGAAGGAGCCGACCCACAUCCAGCUCGAGCUCGGCGGGCGUCCGGCGCAGUGA